AUACUUUCUGCAAGCAGGAUAUAAGCCUACACUGUUCCUUAAUAGCUUUCCUUCUUGAAGCUGUAGCUUUUCAGAUGGAUUUGUGUAAUAUUUGAGAUAACUUCUGCCAGCUCUGCCGUAGUGGUCAGUAUAACAGCUGGUAUUGGAAUAGCCGAGGGAAAACAUCUCCUCUGAAACUUGCAGAACACUUCUGAUUUAGUCAGAGUCACCAUGAACAAGAAUACUUGUACUCUACAUGGGAGGAGUAAAAGUGUUUCAGAAGAAACACUCCAUCACUGCAGUGAGGAGGAAGAGUCUUUCCAGGGAAUGGAGCCCUAUCUUGUGCGGAGAUUAUCAUCCCGUAACAUCCAGCUUCCCCCUCUGGCUUUCAGGCAGCUAGAGCAGGCAGACUGGGAUAAAAAGAAUGAUACUGAAACUAUUUCAAGACCUACUACUCUUCCACUGAGGAUUCCUCCUCUGAUUGCCAUUACAUCUGCAGAGUCCAGCAGUUUCGAUGUAGACAAUGGUACAUCGUCGGGACGAAGUCCCUUGGAUCCCAUGACAAGUCCUGGAUCAGGGCUAAUUCUUCAGGCAAAUUUUGUCCACAGUCAACGGAGGGAGUCUUUCCUUUACCGGUCAGACAGCGACUAUGACCUUUCUCCAAAGUCCAUGUCUAGGAACUCCUCCAUUGCUAGUGAUAUACAUGGAGAUGACUUGAUUGUGACACCAUUUGCUCAGGUGCUGGCAAGCCUACGUACUGUACGGAAUAACUUUGCUGCAUUAACCAAUUUACAAGAUCGGGCACCCAGCAAACGGUCACCAAUGUGUAACCAACCAUCCAUUAACAAAGCAACUAUAACAGAGGAGGCCUACCAAAAGCUGGCCAGUGAGACCCUGGAGGAACUGGACUGGUGCCUGGACCAGCUGGAGACCCUGCAGACCAGGCACUCCGUCAGCGAAAUGGCCUCGAACAAGUUUAAAAGAAUGCUCAACCGGGAGCUAACCCACCUUUCUGAAAUGAGCAGAUCAGGCAAUCAGGUCUCUGAAUAUAUAUCAAACACAUUUUUAGACAAACAACAUGAAGUUGAAAUUCCUUCUCCGACGCAGAAAGAGAAAGAGAAAAAGAAGAGGCCAAUGUCUCAGAUCAGUGGAGUCAAAAAACUGAUGCACAGUUCCAGCUUAACUAAUUCCAGUAUUCCCAGAUUUGGAGUUAAAACAGACCAAGAAGAUGUUCUUGCCAAGGAACUAGAAGAUGUGAACAAAUGGGGCCUUCAGGUUUUCCGAGUAGCAGAACUAUCUGGAAACAGACCUUUGACAGUCAUCAUGCACACCAUUUUUCAGGAACGAGAUUUGUUAAAAACGUUUAAAAUUCCAGUAGACACUUUAAUAACUUACCUGAUGACCCUAGAAGAUCAUUACCAUGCAGAUGUGGCAUAUCACAAUAACAUACAUGCUGCAGAUGUUGUUCAGUCAACCCAUGUCCUGCUAUCAACCCCAGCAUUAGAGGCAGUGUUCACUGAUUUGGAGAUUCUUGCAGCAAUUUUUGCCAGUGCAAUACAUGAUGUAGAUCAUCCUGGGGUUUCAAACCAGUUUCUUAUCAACACAAAUUCUGAACUCGCCUUGAUGUACAAUGACUCAUCAGUACUGGAGAAUCAUCACUUAGCUGUGGGCUUUAAGCUGCUACAGGAAGAAAAUUGUGACAUUUUCCAGAAUUUGACCAAAAAACAGAGGCAGUCAUUGAGGAAAAUGGUCAUUGACAUUGUACUUGCUACAGACAUGUCUAAGCAUAUGAAUCUAUUGGCUGAUUUAAAAACUAUGGUUGAAACCAAAAAAGUGACAAGUUCUGGUGUCUUACUUCUUGAUAACUAUUCAGAUAGAAUUCAGGUUCUUCAGAAUAUGGUGCACUGUGCAGAUCUCAGCAAUCCAACAAAGCCACUCCACCUAUACCGCCAAUGGACAGAUAGAAUAAUGGAGGAAUUCUUCCGUCAAGGAGAUCGGGAAAGAGAGAGGGGCAUGGAGAUAAGUCCCAUGUGUGAUAAGCACAAUGCAUCUGUAGAAAAAUCACAGGUGGGUUUUAUAGACUACAUUGUUCAUCCUUUGUGGGAGACAUGGGCAGAUCUUGUUCACCCAGAUGCCCAGGAUAUCUUAGAUACACUGGAAGACAAUAGAGAAUGGUACCAGAGCACAAUCCCUCAAAGUCCCUCUCCUGCACCUGAUGACCAGGAAGAGGGCAGACAGGGACAAACUGAAAAAUUCCAGUUUGAAUUAACACUGGAGGAAGAUGGGGAGUCAGACACCGAAAAGGACAGUGGAAGUCAAGUAGAAGAAGACACCAGCUGCAGUGACUCCAAGACUCUUUGCACCCAGGAUUCAGAAUCCACUGAAAUUCCUCUUGAUGAGCAAGUAGGGGAAGAGGUAGAAGAGGAGGAGAACCAGACAGAACCUUGUGCAGUGGAAGACCAUGUUCCUGACACAUAACAAUGAGGACACAUCCUCUCUCUCUUGCCCUCUCCCUUUCCCUCUCCCCUCCUUCCUCUCUCUAAUUAAGUAAUGGUUUCCAAAGUGUAUGUCAUAUGCUACAAUCAUGAUCACAACUCGCUGUCAUCUGCUAGGACGUUUGUCAAUCAAAACUGACCUUGAUGACUCAGUUUGGCACUCAGGAAUAUUGUAACCAGAAUCUUCACCUCCACUGCUUCAGAAAGUGGGGGAAGAAGAUCCAUAAACUACAUCUUACUAAGCUCUCAAUUUCACAGAUUUGAUUAAUUAAAUCAAAUAUUUUCAGAGGAGUACCACCUGCCAACCGAAUGCUGGUAUGCUUUGGUAGAUUUUAAUUUUAAUUUAAUUUAAUUUAAUUUUUAUUUUAUUUCACAACUUAAGCAUUGGAUAAUGUUCAUCAUCAGAGGAAACAGACAGAAAAUAAACUGAGGUUCCUACUGGAAAGCAAAUGCACAUAAAUGAUGGGACACAACACGAAUCUGUUACCAAUAGGAAGAUGAGCUGUGGAAAUUGCAUAAUUUUCUAAUUUCAAGUCUUCCUGAUAAGUGACUGAAAAAAGUGUAACCCAACGGGUUGCACUGAACUCUGCAUUUUGUAUAAUAUGUAAAAGAGAGAUCUUUUGUAGAGCUUACUUUUAUUAUUAAAUGUACUGAGGUAUUAUAUUUAAAGAAAAACACUUUCCGACUUCAUCUGCCACUGGUUAUUUUUUCCAAAGAGUAACUUGCAAGUUUUCAGUACAAAUCUGUGCUACACUGGAUAAUACUUCUAGGGUUUUUUCUUUCCUUCUUGUUUUGCACCUUAGAAUUUCAAAACAAUAUUGAAUUGUAAAUGUCUAUUAUUUUAUGUAUUAGUGAGUUUCAUGAAUAUCCUUUAUGUUACCCAAAACUCCUACAGUAUGAUGGAUUUUUUUAGUUUGUUUUCAUUAUAAUGUUCGCAGACAUAUUAGAGGAAGUUACGUUUUGCUAUUGUCCUCGUAGUGGCCUGAUCCUGUCAAUUCUGACUUAGUACCAGAAGUAGUACUACCAUCGAAACCAACUGUUAAGAUUAAGAUUUGCAGGACUAGGGCCAGUAAGAAAGGUAAUGAAUUGUCUUUAAUAUAAAGGCAGCUCUUCUGCUAUAUUUAUAAAAUUCAUCCCUCUGAAACAUGAUUUUCAGACCAUUUUUUUGCCUGGGAACUAUAAACUGCUAAAUCAGAACAGGCUAAUACAGUGUUUGGAAUAUAUAUUUUGGCAUAAAAGCAUUAAUGUAAUAUUUCCAAUUUUGAUUCCCUUAGUUUCUUUUUAUCUUUUAGCGAUCUAGUUACACCAUUUGCUAAUCUGAGACAUGUACAACAUAAAAAUUGUGAUUAGCAUUAUUUUUUCAUGUUUUUAUUGCAAGAAGAGCCAGGUCUAUCUUUUUUUCUAUGUUUUUAAGUAAUUGAACAAUGUAUCAAGAGAGUGGUAGUUUACUUCACAUUAUUUUAAUCUCAGAUCUUUUCAUCCUUUAUACAGCUUGUGCUGAGAGAAGCCUACUUUUAGGUUUGAUUGGUACUGAAAACUUCCAUAACUUGGAAAGCUAAAGGGAAUUAGGAGUUCAUGUUUGACAUUUGCCAGUCCUGUUGCUUGGUCACAUGCAAUGGAGGAAUUUUUUACCUCUGCUGCUUUACCCUUCAUUAAAAUUGUAGUUUUCAGUUGGGAAAUAGUUGCCUAGAGAAGGAACAGACUCCGGUCUGUAAAAUUCUGGUACAAUGACAAUGUCAAGAUGAUUUCUUAACAAAAGAAAAUGAAAUCAGACAUUAUUUCCCUUGUUCGGAUUAAUUUGGUAGUAAAUAAGCAGAUAUAAAUAUUUUUUGUUGUUGUUGUUUGUUUUUUUAUUUUUUUUAAGUGUCUGAGAUUUCCUUUAAGAUAAGAACUUCUUUAAAAACUAUUGGCUAAUAAUUCAGCCUUUAAAUUCAUUUCACAUUCUUCUAUAUCCAGGUCAAAAUUUUCUCUACCCUUAGCCCUCACAGGGCUUUAGCACAGAUGAUACUGAAGGAGGAAAGAAAAUGAAGAGAACUCAUGUUUUUAAGGUUUCGACUAUAUUUUGUUCUUCAUCAUUUCUUCCUGAACCUGACCCACCUAAAAAUCCUCUCAAUCCCUAAGAGUGCCUGGAACCUUAAUAAUGGAAAAGCAAUAUAAAUUCCAAAAUGACCAAUGGGGACCUGAAAAGCUUUUGUAUCUGCACUAACUGAAAGUAAAUGAAGAGAAAACACCAUAUUAUAUUGUGAGAUAUACACCCAUACAUAUGGACAAUCAAAUCAUAGAAAAUUGUAUCAUUUCUUAGAGAUGGGGAUAUAAUGCACUGUACAAUCUUUUUUUUUUUUUCCUCUUUUGCCAAAGUGUGUUUUAGCAUUGCACACUGCUUUAAAACAAUACAAUUUACAAGUGGCUUUAUGUGUUUUAAAUAAUUUUGCCAUAAUAAAAUGCGAUGAGUUGGGUAUUGGGGGGAGGGAAGGGGGGGAGAAAAUUCACAUUGCUUAUAACAGUACACUUUAGCUUGCAAGUUACUGUACUCAAUAAUGCUGUAUUUGAAUUUUUAAAUUGUUUUGUGUCAUUGUUAAAAAAGAUCAUGAAAGAAUAUAGGUAGAACAAAUAGCAUUCAGAAGUUUUAAAAACUUGAAUGAAAUGGAUUUUUCAGAAAGCUUUGACAAUUCUUUUAAAAUGCAUUAUUUAUUUUAUUUGUGCCAUGCAUUUUUCUCACCAAAUGACCUUACCUGUAAUACAGUCUUGUUUGUCUCUGUUUACAACCAUGUAUUUAUUGUAAUGUACAUACUGUAAUGUUAAUUGUAAAUUACCAGUUCUUAUUAUAACAUCAUCCUUGUGAGGGUGGUGUUGCUAUAUUUGGAAACUCUUGGUGAGAGAAUGAUUAUUGUGUAUACAUAUUCCUUGUACAUUUUUUCUCCUGUAAUAUACUCUCUGUCACCUUAGAGCUUGUUUAUGGAAGAUUCAAGAAAAGUAUAAAAUACAUAAAGAUAUAUCAAUAAAAAAAAAAAAAAGGAAAAAAGAAAAAAAAAAGCUGCAGGUCUUUGGUCCCAGGGCUGUGCCUUAACUUUAAACAAUUUUUUCUUCUGUUUUGCUGCAUUUGAAAGUGAGGUAGCUGUGGGGCUAGGGCUGGGCAUAUCUACCAUAUUUUUAGUGCUAGCUUAUGGGGAUUACAAGUACAAGCUAGUAUGCAUGAUACUACAGUGAGCUUUCAUUCAUGACCCUACUGGAAGUUCAAGCUUUUCCAGACUUUGGGCAAUAUAAUUGUACUGCCUCUCUGAUUAUCUUUUUACAGGCUAUCAUCAGGGAUUAUUGCAGCCAUUACUUGCUACUACUAAAAAAUAAAAAAUAAAAAAAAAUACUGACACUAUAUUUCAAUACUGAAUUUUGCUGAAAGAGCUUUGGAAAGCAGCUCUAAUAAGCAUCUGAUUUUAAUGCAUAUUGGCAAAUGAAAUAAUUGGAAUUAAAAGGGUAUAUCUCAUACUUUUUUUUUUUUUAGUCAACUAAUAUUCUUUCUUUACUCAGUAGCACAAAUUGCCACUGUAUAAGCAGAAUCCAUAAAGUAGGACAAAAGACAACUUCAGACUUGGAAAUGCUUUCUAACACUAAUAAUAGUGUUAUAAGCAGCCAAAGCUUUUAUUUUGUAUAGAUGUAUCUAAGGCUUUGUACAGGUGUGUAUAGCAUAAUGCACUAGAUCUGGUAAACCUUUUAGUAACACUAGCGUUAGUUUUGCAGAUUGGACUCCGAGCAUCUCUUGCUGUUUGAACAUCACAUUACUCCAGACUGCUUAGGACUGAUAGCAGUGAAUUUUCCAGAGCAAGGUAAACGCCUGUCCUCCAUUCCAGUGAUGCCCAGCCCUUGUAGCAUGCGACUUUUUGGUGAAAGGAGCGAUUCUUUUUCAAGUAAAAACAGAGCCUCCUUUUUGACACAAACUGUAGAUUUUAGCAGCCCUGGCCCAAAGGAAAAUGAUUGCUUUUGUUUUAAACAGUAUAAAAGGGACACUAUAAUGAGAGAAAUCCUGAACAAUAUUUUGUUGUUUUAAUUUGAUUUUUUCUUUUGGGGAUGUCUUGAGAGUGGCAACUUGUGUGAACAUUGCACAUGACAAUUACUUCACCGGUUUCUUAGCCUCUC